GGGAUGAUCUGAAGGCGGCGUGGCACAAGCGGUUCCAAGUCGAGCCGCCGGAGAUAAGGCAAUGGACAAGCUAAUGGUCUUCGAACAAGGCACGCUGCUGAGUGUCGACUGGAUUGCCGAGUACCAAUGCUUGACAUCAGUCCCAGACAUCCAGAUGGGCUUCAAGGCCAUCCGCCACUAUUUCAUCUCAAGGUCGUGUUCGGCAUUAAGCAAUGCCCUGACUCACGUCGAGGACACCUUGAUGUCAACGGCGAAACUCUUUGACAAGGCCGCGCAAAUUAUCAUCACGAACAAGGAGGCUAAGAACCUGCUUUCGUCUGCGCCAGGCCCGAGCAGAGAACAACAUUGGCCAAGAGUGGUCGUGGUCGUGGCAGCAACACCGUUUGACCAAACUAGCGAGGCCGUGUCUACCAAUGAAGAGGACAGACUCGCAGCCGCUCGGGAAGGUGGCCGCCCCGGCAAAGGCCGAGGACGCGGCAAGACGAAGACAAACACCGCAUCUAGCCCCGGGCCCGGUGCAGCACCUCCAGCCCCAUGGUCCCAGUACGGCAUCUCCGAGCAAGCAUUCAAAGCGCGCGCGAGAUUCCACAACUGCCUAUGGUGCAACAACGAUCUCCAUGAGACACUGGCCUGCCCGUUGAAAGACGAUAUUCUCGUCUAUAGUCGGACAUUGGAGGGUCAUCUUGGGCAUCUUCGACGAGUGUUGGAGACGCUCCGCCGCGCCAAGUACAAGGCCAACCGCGACAAGUGCGAAUUUGUCCGGCAAGAGCUGRAWUACUUGGGCCAUUUUGUCACACCGGAGGGCAUCAGUCCGCUAUCGGACAAGAUCCAAGCCAUCCAAGAGUGGUCGGAGCCUCGGAACGUCACGGAUGUCCGUUCGUUCCUUGGCCUCGCCGGCUACUAUCAGCGUUUCAUCAAAGGCUACUCGAAGAUCGCGGCCAACUUGACCGAGCUUCAAUGUGAGGAUCGGCCGUUUGACUUCGGAGAGGAGGCGCGGGAAUCAUUUUUGGCUCUCAAAGCCGCGCUAUUAUCUGCGGAGGUCUUGCGCACAUAUGACCCGCUUUUGCCUACGCGCGUCACGACGGAUGCGUCCGGCUAUGGCAUUGGUUAUUUCAGCAAGAAAGUGCCCGUCGUGCAUUCCAUUGACGAUGCACGCAAGGAGCUCCUCGCCUUUGUCCACGCGCUCAAGCGGUGGCGACACUUCCUCCUUGGUCGAAGUCAAUUCCGAUGGGUAACGAACAACAAUCCGUUGGUCUUUUACAAGACCCAAGACACCGUCAACAGCACCAUCGCUCGAUGGAUGACUUUCAUCGACCAGUUCAACUUCUUUCCCGAUCACAUUGCGGGGAAGUCGAACCGUUUUGCGGAUGCUCUUUCACGGCGUCCGGAUCAUUGUACCGCGGUCUACUCAACCUUCGAGAUUGACGACGACCUGCGGAACAGCUUCAUCCGCGGCUACCAAGCCGACACCGAGUUUCGCGACAAGUACGCGAAUUGCUCCUCUCCUAAUCCGGCGCCUUCUCACUACCGGAUCCAAGAGGGGUACUUGCUUGUCCACACGCGGGGGAAGGACCUUCUUUGCGUACCGAGUGAUCCUCACUUGCGUACACGGCUUCUUGGCAAGUUCCACGAUGCUCCCGCCACCGGACACUUUGGAGUCAAUCGCACGAUUGGCCGACUUCGCGAGCGAUUCUGGUGGUCCGACCUUCUCGGCGAUGUCACACGCUAUUGCGAGUCAUGCGAGGUUUGUCGACGCUGCAAAUCCCACAAUCAUCGUCCGUACGGCGAGUUACGACCAUUACCGGUCCCGUUGAGGCGAAGGGAAGCGAUUGCCAUGGGCAUUACCGGCCCGUUCCUCAAACACAAAACCGGAGUGGAUGGGAUUCUCACGGUGGUCGACCGACUCACCAAGUUCGCCAUGUUUUUGCCUUGUCACUAUCAUGCCAAGGCACCGGAGUUGGCCAAGGUUCUCUACGGCGGUUGGAUUCGAACCAAGGGUUACCCCAAGGAAAUCGUCUGCGACCGUGACACUCGGUUCAUGUCCGAUUUUUGGUUGGCGCUCAUCAAACGAUGGGGCUCAUCUCGCAAGCCCAGUUCAGCUCGCCACCCUCAGACCGAUGGCCAAACGGAGAGGGCACACCACACCGCACAAGUUCUCCUUCCCACUCUCAUCCGUCCUGACCAGAAGGAUUGGGUUGAGCGGUUGCCGGAUGUCGAGUUGGCCUACAACUCCUCCAUCCACCCGGCUAUCGGGAUAUCGCCCUUCGAGUUCGAGCACAGCUCGCCGGUCACUUCGCUGUUGGACACCAUCACUCCACGAACGGCCGAGAGCGACGACCAUCUUCUUUUCUUGUGUCGGAUGCAAGAGCUACUUGUCAAGGCACGCGACCAGAUGGCCAAGACGCAGCAACGCAUGAGCCAACAGGCCAAUCGCCAUCGUCUUCCUUGCCCAUUCCGCGUCGGCGAUCUCGUUUGGGUCUCCGCCGUGGAAUUCAGCCUUGAACAAGAUAUCUCUCGCAAGCUCCUCCCGAAAUGGAUGGGGCCUUGGCCGAUCGUAGCACCCGGUGAAGAUUUACACGCCAGCGGAACAUGACGAUUUUCCCGGGAGACAUUCGCAAGACCCACCCUCUAUGGACGGUUUUCAGGAGGUCGGCGACAUCAUCUCCCAGCGACGCUACGGCAACAGGCCAACCGAG